CGCUGGGCUCGGACGAAGGCGCAGACUCGCCUCCGCCAAGUUUCAGUUUCGAUUCCCCGGGAAGAUCCCUCCCUGUUCCCCGCACAGCCACCGCCCCCCUCCUCCUCCUCCUCCGCGCUUUGCAAGCAGCCUGUGGCGCUCUCUGCGGAAAUAAACGCCAGUGCAUCCAGGAGCUACUGUCUUCAGGUGAACGCUGAAAGACCCACCAAGGACCUGAAGGAUGGCCUAUUCCAUGGGCGUCGGAGCGGCAGCUUCCAGCAAAAGAGCAGACAGCGCCUCUUUGGAAAAAAACUAUUGUUGGCAAAUUCCCAUUAGUCACAGUGACUUCGACAUUUUUAAAAGUCACGAGAGUCAGCUGUGUGAAGUCCUCCAGAGUAAGUUCGGCUGCAUCUCCACGCUGAGCCACCCCGCUCUGGAGACACGAAACAGCUCUUCUCUCGCUCACCCAGUUUUCAAAAAGAGACUGAGCCCCGAGCUCGAGUUAUCGGUCUGGCACGAUGACCUCACCAAGCAUGCUGUCGACGCCGUGGUAAACGCAGCCAACGAACAGCUCCAGCACAGAGGAGGCCUGGCUGGGGCCCUGGUGAGAGCUGGUGGCCAGGAAAUCCAAGAGGAGAGCAGAAGUCUGAUCGAGACAUUUGGCAAAGUCGCAACUGGUCAGGUAGCUGUGACCAAGGCAGGGGCGCUUCCUUGCAAUGUGAUUAUCCACGCCGUUGGGCCCCAGUGGGUGAUAAUGGGAAGACAGAGAUCCAUAGAGCUGCUGCGCCUUGCUAUCAAGAAUGUUCUAGACUGUGUCAACUAUAAACAUAAGGGCAUUAAGACCAUAGCGAUUCCGGCCCUGAGCUCUGGAAUUUUUCAGUUUCCUCUGGAUUUGUGUACAAAAAUCAUUUUAGAAACGAUUUGUGCUUAUUUCCAAAACAAUCCAGUAGCCGGUAAUUUGAGAGAAAUUCACCUGGUGAGCAAUGAGGCUCUCACUGUCGCUUCCUUUGAAACUGCUUCAAAAGCCAUCCUAGGACCCAGUGAGUUGGGCCCUAGGAAGAAUCAAACCACCCUUCAGCUUGCCCAGGGCCUGACUCUCCACGUCGUUCAAGGCCACAUUGAACUACAAAAAACAGAUGUAAUUGUUAAUUCUGUAAACACCUUUGAUCUUACAAGUGGACCUAUUACCAAGUCAAUUUUACAACAAGCAGGAGAAGAAAUGAAAUGGGAAUUUGAUGAUAUCAAGGCUAAAUUGACCUCCAAUUCUCAGCUGGUACUGGUCACAAAAGGAUUUAAAUUGCUCUGUCGCUAUGUUUACCACGUACUAUGGCAACCAACAAUGAUGACUACGUAUCAGAUAUUGAAAGAUGCAAUGAAAAUAUGUUUGAAAAAAUGCCUGAUAUCAGAUAUAAGCUCCAUCUCCUUUCCUACCCUUGGCACUGGAGGGAUGGGCAUGAAUAAGAAAACAGCAGCGCAGAUCAUGUUUAAUGAAGUUUUGACAUUUGCCACAGUGUACCUGGCAAAACCCCUCACUGUAAACUUCGUGAUCUUUCCAGAAGAUACGGAAACAUAUGAGGUUUUCUGUGCUGAAAUGGCAGGGUGCUCCAAGAUGAUGAACAUCAACAGUCACGCUGUCUCGCAGUGGACCACAGAGGAGCAAAGAAGAAACGGGCAUGAAGCUGGCUCUCCUGCCAUCAACCUCAUGGGAUACAGUAUGGAAGAUAUGAGUGAAGCCAAAGCCUGGAUUCAAAAGUUACUGACCUCUCAGGAGCAACACGUCAUUGAAAACAAUCAUAUUCUCUACCUUGGGAAAAAGGAACAUGACAUUUUAUCUCAGCUCCAGAAAACCUCAAGUGUCGCCAUUUCAGAGAUUGUUAGUCCUGGAAAGGCAGCUUUAGAAAUUAAAGGAGCUCAUGCUAACCUCAUUGAAGCAGUCCUGAAUAUUGAACGUAUGCUGUCUGUCAUUCAGGAAGAAGUGGCAAAGAAAAGAGAGAGAAGUCUUUGGAGCUUGUCAGAAAAAUGGACUGAUUGGAAGCCAAAAUACCAGGAAGAAAUGAAGGAAACUAUCACCUUUCUACGAUACCCAGCACCUCCAAUGCCAGAACUUCAGGACAGAAAGAAACAGUUUGAAGAGUGUGGUUUGCAUGUUAUAAAGGUGGAGCAGAUCGACAAUGCAGUUCUCAUGGACGCCUUUCAAAAGAAGAAGGAAAUAAUGGAAAGGAGAACGCUGAAGGGCUGUGACAGUCACAGACUGUUUCAGCUUGUCCCCCACCAGUUCUGCAAUGUGGUGUGUAGAGUUGGGUUUCACAGACUCUACUCGGUGCCCGGUGAUUCAAAAUAUGGAGCCGGUAUAGAGUUCACCAAGAAACUCAAAACUCUAGCAGGCAAGAUCAAGAAACUUUCUAACACAGAUAAUCUCAUCUAUGUGUUUGAGGCUGAAGUUCUUAUCGGCUCUUUCUGUCAGGGUCAUACCCAACAUAUUGUUCCUCCUCCACUGAGUCCCGGUGCCAUAGAUGCUCACGACAGCGUGGUUGACAGUGUCUCCAGCCCUGAAAUCGUUGUCAUUUUUAAUGGCAUACAAGCUGUACCCCGGUAUUUGUGGACUUGCACUCAGGAUCCUUUGUGGUCACAGGGUUACUCAUCAGCACUAAUGUUCUCCUCAUGGCGGCCCUGGGGGGAAUUCUCAAACGGCAGCUCUGUUGAUUAAUCACAUAUAUUUAACAAGUGGCAUAGUUUUGAUUUGGGUGAACUGACAAGAGAAUGACCAUCAGUGACUCCUAGAGUGGCUUCACUGUUUCAGAUGGUUAUCUGUUCUGAAUAACAGAUUGAACCACAUUCUAUCUAGCAUCUGGGUGCCUUAUCUUUAUGUCUCGGGAUUGCAGUGGAUAGAUACCAACUGAACCUCCUUCUUGCAAUUUUUUUUUUUUUUUUACCUCCUAUACUACAGGUUACAAGAAGAAUAUUUUACAUAUAGCAAAGAGAUUU